AUCCCGAUCUUGCUUUUUCUUCUUUUAAAUUGAAUCAAAAGUGUUUAAUUGGGGGUUGAUACACUACUCGAACCUUUAAUACCUUUAUUAUGCCAAGCACGCUUGCAUUAGUUGAUAUUUGUGGCUAUUUAUUUUUUUCCACGGUUCUGUUUUGGUCGUCCCACGCAGGCAGACUUUUGUUUACAGUAGCUAAGUAGAUGAGCUAUGCUGGGCCCGGAAGAAACUAAGGCCAUUUUGCACGUUGCUGCGUUCAAAUAAGUGGAUUGAACAUCGGUUUUUAAUGUAAAAGGAGAACAUUUGUAGACUCUUUUGGGAACACGAUGAUCGAGGUGGUGGCCUCCAUGGCGCGGGGCCCCGUCUUUCUGGCCGGGGAACUAAUGGAGUGUCUCAUUACCUUCAGGAAUCCUAUGUCACACUUCUCUACCUCUGCAAGCAGUGAGAUGUUGGCGUGGGCAAGUGCCCAGAUUCACUGCCAGUUCCACGCCAGUGAGAACAGGGUGAGCCUUCCAAGCCAGGGAAACAAGCAGGAUGUUCAGGCUGAAAGUGACACAGUACUCAUUCCAAGCAGAGGCGAGAGAGGGCAGUGUGUUCUGGACACACCACCCAAGAUCUUAUUCUGUGACCUGUGUCUGGAUCCAGGAGAGAGCAAAACCUAUUCAUAUAGCGAGGUAGUACCCAUCGAUGGCCCUCCCAGCUUCCGGGGCCAGGCGGUGAAGUACGUCUACAAACUCACCAUCGGCUGUCAGAGGGUUAACUCUCCCAUUAAACUCCUCAGAGUUCCCUUUAGAGUUCUGGUUCUGCAGGGCAUGCCAGAACCCUCAUUCGCUCAGGACGAUGAAGUUUCUCCAUCAAACCCCUUCCUGGAGGAAGAGGAAGCAAGUCGGAGGGAUGCUCGGCCGUUGGAGAGAGCACUAGACAUGCUCAUGGUCUCCACAUCUAGACGCUGCCCACACAUGUUUAAUAUCACUAAUGUUCGAGGAAAAGUGGCAAAGUUCUGCAUCUUCAAGACUGUUUACAGAUUAGGAGAGGACAUCAUCGGCACAUUUAACUUCUCAGAGGGGGACAUUCCCUGCUUGCAGUAUUCAGUGAGCCUCCAAAGUGAGGAAGAGAUACAGCAGGAGUACCAGAGGCGUCCUGGCCAGGCUCUCAGUGUGACGGGACACGGUCGUCAUCUGGAGUCUUGCCUGCACACGGCAUCCAGCCACUUCUCCCUCCAUGCUCCCCUUAACGUCACACCGGGUUUCAGCACAGAUAUAGUUACCCUGAGGUGGCGCCUGCACUUUGAAUUCGUUACGGCGCGGGAGCCCGUUGAGCUGCCCACUGUGCUUCGGAACGAGUCAAAAGUGACGGUGUGGACCGGGGCGGAGCACGUGGAAGUAGAUACCUUCAGCUGGGACCUGCCCAUCAAGAUCUUGCCCACCAACCCAGCCCUGGCAUCCUACGAGUCGCAGUUCACAGGAAGCAACAGCAUCAACAUUUGACUUCCACCUUUAUAGGCCAGAAAAUGGCACUUUUGACACCAUAACAUAUCCCUUAUAAUGAACAUUGCCAUGUUUUUAGACUUUUACUUGAUUUCAUGUUCAUUAAAAUGAAGAUGAAGACGCUGACAGACUAAUAAGUACAAA